AAAUAACAAAUUAUCCAUAAAUAAAAUGAUUAAUUGAAAGCUUCUUCCUUUCAAUUAAGUUUCUUCACUCUCCACUCGAUAACAUCAACUUCAUUCUACACAAUUAGAAAGAAAAAAUUAGACAUGUCUCCACAAACAUAAAUAAGAUAAGUUGUUUAGAAUAUUAAAUAUAUCGAGAAAAUUAAUUAUAUGGGUGUGGGCGGGUACCCAUGGGUCGGGCUUACCUAAACCCAAACCCAACCCGAUGAAUAUUGAACAGGUUUAAACCCAAACCCGGCCCAAAACCCGUCAACACGGAUUUUACCCGCGUUGACCAAGUUGGGUCGGGUGGGUACCCGUGGGUUCGGGUUUUGUUUCUAUCCCUAGAGGAAGGUGAGGUAUGAAAUUUGAUAAUGUAAUGGGGUGUAUAACUUAUUGUUGUAUAGUUUUUUUGGGAAACACGUGAUAAAAAUAGGGAAUUUUAGCAGGAAAGAGACAUUAAUGAUGCAACAAAUCAAAAAUCGGCCUUAUGAACCAAAAUCAAGUACCUGUUACCUUGUGAAACAAUAUUGUUUCUGGUAAUAUGAUGAGGUGGAGUAAGUUUUAUAGAAACUGAAUUCCAGAAAAUCGAAUAAAAAAUCGCCUAUCCCGUCGGUUUUCGGGAAAUGAGCAUCUCACAAUCGUUGCUAGCUUUUACUCGGCCCGUUGGCCGAUUAAUUUGGUUUAUAAAACUUUCAUCUUUUCGUCAUUGUGCUUCCUGGUUUUUUCAGGGUAUGAUAAAAUCUAAGGAAAUCAAGAACGAACAACACGAUUUGGGAUAGGAACCGUCGUUGUCGUAUCCCUAGAAAAUGGUGGUAAACAGGGACUCACCUGCCAAACUGGUUUGGAUUGAGAUUUUUAUCGGGUAUCAGGGAACCAUGUGAUUAUAAAUUAGACUUGAUCAAAAGGGGCCAAAACUUGAAAUGCAGCCUGUUUGACCGACCCAUGCCAAAUUCUAAUUAUUCUUUACUUUUAAACUUUUUAUUUGAAAAUAAAAAAUAGUGAAAGAAAAGAGAUGACUGCCAUUUGCACAUCACUUAUUCGGGAAUAAAACCAUAGAAAUUCAAAAGGAACUGAAAAUGUUAGGAUCGUUUUAAUGUUUAAAAUAACCAAAUAGAUCUUUCUGUUUAGUUUUUUACUAACAAAUACCAAACGAUUCCCUAUAAAAUACACUAUGAUUUGAUCAUUAUGAUAUCAAAUAAUUAUAUAAUAUAUAUUUGAAAUGAUAAAAAUUGGACUAAUUGGGUUGGUCGAGGUUGAACCAUUGAAUAACUUUAAAAUACAUUAUAUUUUAGCCACUAAGAUAUAAAAUAAUAGCAUAAUAUAUUAUGCCAGAGAAAAUAGCUUGUUUUAGAAUGUCAAACCAAUGAUGUUCAUUUGUUUUACUUGAUGGCCAAAUCCCGUGUAGGUCAAACCAAUUCACCUCUUUUAUUUUAUGUUUAGCGGUUAGCCCAUUAGAUACCAUGCAUUAGUUUAUUGUUAAAUUUUUUUAUUUUUAGCAAUAAAAAGAAGUAUUGUUUUUGCCUCUUCAUAUAUAUUUUAUCACCACGGAGAAAUAAAAGGGCUUAAUGAAAAAAUUGACACUCUUGAACCCGUUUAAAUCCGCACGUGUACGGUAAGUUGGCCCGUUCCACAGAGGAAAGAGGAAAAAAUUGACACUCCCUAUUCUAUCAUUCCUACAAACGCUCCUGGAGCAGGAAAUUUGAAAUGGGGGAAGGGUUUUUUCCUCUCUGCUAUUAUAUCUUUUUAAUUUAAAAAGAUGCAACAAAUGUACUUAGUGUGAUUGGUUAUGAUCCUUACUUUUCCUUAAAAUGGUCAAGGUUCGAAUCCCACUACGUGUCUUUUUAAUGAAUUAAAAAAAGUAAGUGUGAAGACCAAAAUGUUCUUCCUAUUUUCACUCUCGUUGCAGGAAAUUUGAAAUGGGGCUUAAUAUCCAUAAAUUAUUUUCACUACUAAAAUUGUAAAAUGAUUCCUCAGAUUCACCAUAAUAUGAAGAUCUUUCAUGACUAUACAUAAUAGCUCGACCAAACUUUUUCUACUUUUUUAAGUGAUCAAUUAUGCAACAAUAUAUAUUCAUCGCACAAAUACACUACACAUACAACAAAAUUGGUUUAGAACUACUGAAAUAGGUUGUUAUUAAUCAAGGUUAAAUCGAAUAAUAAAACCACCCAAAUUAGUUGAAGGAACUACAAUCUCGAAGUGGAGGGCUAAGCUCUGCUAGCGAAGUAGCUCGACUCACUCGAAGAAGGGGUGAGCAUUCGGUCGGUUCGGUUUUGACCGAACCGGAAUUAUGAAUAUCGGGUUCCCGAAUUCUCUCAAACCUCAAACCAAAUUCGUAUCGAAUUAUAAUUCGAUUCGAUCGAUUUAAAUCGAAUUAUAAUUCGAAUUAUAAUGAAUAUUGAGAAAAUUAUUCAAGAACUUUAUGAAAUUUUGUAAUUUUAUUAAUUUUUAUGAUGCCAUAACAUAAACUAAAUAUUAAAAAAUAAAUAAAGGUUUAGGAUGAAGAUAGUAAUUAGCAAUAUUGUCAGAACCGAACCGGAGCAUGACCCAGUAAUGCGAACGGCUCGCACUUUAGUGGUCCAACCGGCAUUAGAACGUUUAAAAAUCGUUAGAGAAUCGGUACCUAAUAAACAUUAUCAGUAUAAAUAGUGGACAUUUCUUAAUCAGAGCUCAUCUCCUUCCUUCGAAAUUGUGAAAUGGAAAUAAAGAUUCAGUUUGAGAGCCCGACGUUUUUGGUUUAUUUCAAUUUUCAAUUUUCAGCAAUUUUUUUAAUUAAAUUUAACUGUUGAAUGAAAAAAAAACGGACGAGCGGCUCGAUCGGUUAACCGCCUCGGCCGCUCGUCAACCGCUACAUAAAACCGGAGCGGCUUUUAGACUGUUCUGAGCCGAUUUUGUUACCGGCCGGCGAUUUUACCGGUCGUGCCCGAGCAACUCGGCUCGGCUUUAAUAACACCGGUAAUAAGUAUAAAUUUCGAACCAAAAUAAAAUAUUAAUCGACAUAUAAAUACCCCUAGGCAGAAAAACUUGCUUAAAAAUAUUAAUUAUUAAAAAUAUAAUACAAGGAAGAGAAAAACCACACCACCGGUCAGCAGUCACCACCAUUAACGAAGAUUUCUCAGAAGUGGGCUCCCCUUCUGCACGCCUAUAAAUAUUGUACCCUUCUUUUCUCCGAAUUCCUUUAUUAUCUCUCUAGUUCACACACACAAAAAGCACUACUCCGUUUUCUACGGUUCCCCUCUGCCAUUUCUCACUUCACCAACGGCUCACCGGCGCUAGCAAGCUUUCCCCCCCUCCCCGGCGGACAACUAUUAAAUCUCUUCCCCCCCUUUCUCCCCACCGGCUCCAAAAUGGUCGACGUCGACAGACGAAUGACCGGCCUCAACCCGGCCCACAUCGCCGGGCUCCGCCGCCUCUCCGCCCGCGCCGCGGCUUCCUCCACCGCCAACUCCGGCGUUCCCCUCCCCGUCCGCAACGGCCUCCUCUCCUUCACCUCCCUCGCCGAUAAAGUCAUCACCCACCUCCGGAGCUCCGGGAUCCAGGUCCAGCCGGGUCUAUCCGACCCGGAGUUCGCCCGCGCCGAGGCCGAGUUCGGCUUCUCUUUCCCUCCCGAUCUCCGUGCCGUCCUCUCCGCCGGGCUCCCCGUCGGCCCUGGAUUCCCUGAUUGGCGCUCCCAUGGAGCUCGCCUCCACCUCCGAGCCUCGCUCGACCUCCCCAUCGCUGCCAUCUCGUUCCAGAUCGCGAGGAACGAGCUAUGGUCCAGGUCGUGGGGGACCCGACCCGCCGACCCGGAGAAAGCGCUCCGGGUCGCGAGAAAUGCGCUGAAGAGGGCGCCGCUCCUGAUCCCGAUUUUCAACCAUUGCUACAUCCCCUGCAACCCGUCGCUGGCUGGGAACCCGAUCUUCUUCUUGGACGAGACCCGGAUCUUCUGCUGCGGGCUGGAUCUGUCCGAUUUCUUCGACCGCGAAUCCCUCUUUGCAGCCGGAUUUGAGUCCGAAUCCGACCCGAUUCUCCUCACCAAGCAGAGAUCUGUGAGCGAGAAGUCAGCCGGGUCCUCCUCCUCCUCCUCGUCCAAUUUUUCCCGGCGGAGCCUGGACACGGGUCUCGCGAAUAGAACGCCGAGAUGGGUGGAGUUCUGGAGCGACGCGGCGGUGGACCGGCGGCGGAGGAACUCUGCAUCUUCGUUCUCCUCGGACUCGUCUUCUUCGCCGGAGCGAUUCUUCGAGAUGCCGAGAUCGGAGGCGGCGGCGCCGCGGUGGGUGGACGAGUACGUAGGCCGAAUCGGGUCGGUGUUGAGGGAAGGCGGGUGGAGCGAGUCCGACGUGGAGGAAAUCGUCCAGGUGUCCGGCUCCGGAUUCUUCGAAGGGGAGAUGGUGUUGCUAGACAACCAGGCCGUGCUGGACGCGCUGCUGGUGAAAGCGGAUCGGUUCUCAGAUUCGCUCCGGAAAGCAGGGUGGAGCUCCGAGGAAGUCUCCGACGCGCUGGGGUUCGAUCGCCGACCGGAAAAGGAGAGGAGGAAGAUGCCGGAGAAGAAACUGUCGCCGGAGCUCGUGGAGAAGAUCGGGAAACUGGCCGAGUCGGUUUCCCGACCUUGAGCAGCCGGAUCGAGGAGAUGGAGAUUCUUUUUAUUUUUAUUUUUUAUUUUGAAAAAAGUAAUCGGGGAUUGGCUGGGUGGUUGAUUUUUAUUUACCCCACACUUUUUGGGUAGCGAAAUGGAGAGAGGGAUAGGGGGCAAGGUUAUAAAUACACGUGUAAAAACCUGAAAGGGGAUAUGUACUGUUGGGAACGGUGCCGUUUAGAAGGAGCGGCAAAAUUAAUACGAGGGUGCAAAACGAAAUGAUUAUGUUCAUAAAUGUAACAAUUAAUCAAUUACUUUAUGUUUGGGCUUUAAGUUUUUAAGUUUUAACUAACUUGGGCCGUGCUUACAGCUAAUGAUUAGUGUACUAAAAGUAAGCAAACUUGGUGGACAGCUAUAUUUAUAUUUUAUUUUGUUUGGAGUUGGAUUAAAUUUUGGUUUGUAGC